UCACAUCGUAUUUUGUGUAAAAUCAUAGAUUUUCUGGCUUUGAUUCCAAGUUGAUCUAGGCAUUUCUCACCAAAAAUUAGUUAGAUAACUUUUGGGGCUAUAUAAGAAGUUUAGAAAAAUGGAUAACAAUCAGGACGAUAAUCACAGCUUUUACUUGAAGAACAAGGAUGAAAACCUUCUGUACGUUGCCCCACAUUUGGGCAUUAAUUCAAUAGACAGCACGGUUGAAGAGGUCACUAAAUCUGUAGACUUUAAUAUGGAGCAAUCGGAAAACGAAUUUAACCAGAGUGAAAGUGGUAGUGUUUCCAUGGGUGGGCAGUCCGAAUACAAAACAACGGAUCAAGAUCCCAAGAUUGUAAAAAACCGCUUGAGGGAGAAGUACAGGGAAGCUCUUAAACGAGAUGAAAAACUAGAGGCCGAAGCGGAAAGAUCAGUCAAUGAGCCAACUUCCGAUAUCGAGGAACGCCAGGCUGAACUAAAAAAGCGCCACAAAAAUGAAAUCGAAGCAUAUCAAGUGGUGCAGCAAAGAAUACUGGACAACUUUAAGAGGGACAUGGAUAAUCUUAUGUUUAAAUUCGACGCAGAGUUUUCUCGACUCAGAAAAGUGCAUUCUGAGCUUUUGGCGGAUAAUCAAUUGAAACAGGAGGAGGACUCCGCCGUUGUUUCUGGCACUCAUCAGCCUUGAUACGUUUUUAAGAAGUUUUAUUUUUUCAAAGUAGUGAUGUUGCACUUGAAGCUACUGGAAAAUGUCAUUAAACAAUAGAAGUGGAAUAGUUAUUUUAGCUUAAAUUAUGAUGUUUUAAAUUGUAUUUUAUGAAUUUGAGCCAAACAAUUAAAUAAAAAUUAUUAAGUUGAAGUACAAUAA